UGACAAAACAUAUGAAAGAGGAUACAUAUCGUGAGACGACAGAGGCUUGCGGGGAGCGGGGGAUGAGGCGCAGCGAGUUGCCCCGCGCGCGCAGUGACACAUUGACUCAUGGGACACGGAAGGAAGCGCGCGUUCUUAUUAUCUUAUUCUUAUUAUAUGAACCUAUAUACUAUUAUACAUACAGUCCGCUAUUUUAUUUCGCCAACAAAGUGGUCCUCUCUCCGUGAAGAAGGAUUUUAAGGACGUCUUGAGGCUUUUUUGGAGAAUAUUCCGUGUCAAGAAAUCAAGAAUUCAUGUGCGUCGGUCGGCGGCCAUUACGUCAAUUUUCGAAUUUCGAGAAGGUCAAGGAAAAAAGGAAAAACAUGUGAAGGACGAAUAAUCCGUCAAGUCACUGUGGAUAAAGAAUAAGACAUUUUGUGAACUGAAAUCGAGAUCCUAUCUGACGAGCCACCAGUCGAGGAGGUUCCCGCGGAGCGUGUGCAGUUUGACAACGACUACUACCCGCUUGUGGCCCGAGCCAAGAGCCUGCUUGCUGCCGGGAGGAAGGACAGCGAAUCUGUGGCGGAGUUCAGCGACGCAGAAUCAGGUGGGCGAGUAAGAAAUUUGGUUAGGCUACCUAAAAUUGACUUACCGCAUUUCAGCGGUGGCUAUCAGGACUGGCUCGAAUUUAAAGACACAUUCCUUUCUCUUAUACACAACAGUGAUCGCAUAGAUAAUAUUAAUAAAUUUCAUUAUUUACGGGCUUCUCUUCAAGGAAAUGCCGCUCUGAUUAUUAAAAACAUCGACUUUAAAGGUGAUAACUAUAAAAUUGCAUGGGAAUUAUUGUGUGAGCGAUUUGAUAAUACCCGCUUACUAGUAAAUAAUCACUUACAGGCUUUGUUUAAUAUAGAACCUAUUCGAUCGGAAUCAAGUAAGUCGAUUCAAAAUCUUAUUGAUGUAACUAACAAGAACAUUAGGGCUCUCGCAUCAUUGAAUGAACCGAUUUGGGACACGAUUAUAAUUUAUAUGAUGUCAAAUAAACUUGAUAGUGUGACGGGUCGAGAGUGGGAAGAACAUAGAAAUACAUUGACUUCGUCCCCAACCCUAUCACAGUUCAUAACAUUUUUAAGUCAAAGAGCCAAUAUCUUAGAAACUUUAGAAGAAAAUAGUAAAAAUAAUAAAUUAAAAUUAGAACCUGUAAAAGCAAAAAGUUUAGUAAUAAAUAAUAAUAAUAGCACUAAUAAUAGUCCGCAAGGCAGCUUGUGGCGAGCUGUUGGGCAGUGGCGACCCCACGGACCUGACUCCCGGGAGAGGCCCUACUUUUUAACUCCGGUUGGUACUCGUGACUAUCCGGAGUGGCCUCUCCUACCUCACUCUUGCCUUAAUCGGCUGGUUUGAGUGGAGAUUCGCAAGAGUGGAGUUGCCUUCAGCUCCACUUGGGGGAAGGACGUAUCCCAGUAAGAUGCUGGUAGGGGUCUUGACCGUACUUCCGGGAUUGCUCUGAUAGCCGUGGGAUGCCUCCCCUUCCUCAAGCAGCUCAACGGAUGUUGCUUCCCUUGUCGCUACAUGCUAGCGGCCGUUUCCGGGGGCCCACUAUUGAGUUUGCGAGUCACCCCCUGCCUGUUUAUCCGUAUUUUUCAAUAUUGGUCAGGGGCAGGGGCCAUAGUCCCCAUAGUUAACCGGUUAACUAUUCCACAGCCACCCACACCCAUAUCCCUAUCAUUUCCUUUUACCAUAUCUCACAAUAGUCCUGCAUCAACCGGGGAUUAUCCUUUGGUGUACCCCCAUAGUGCAUACAGGGAUAAUCGCCGGCUGAUGUCCCCUUACAUUUAGAUUAAAAUUGUUCAACGGGCCUCUGCGAGUUGGCUUCGGCCCCUCGUACGCCUUCCAAAGGUCCGGGACCCUGUGGUCCCGUGAUUAUGUAAAGCACUAAUAAUAAAAAUAAAAAUUAUAAACGUAAAUCAUGUCCAUUGUGUGAUGAUGAGGCACAUCAGCUGUUCAAUUGCGAAUCGUUUAGAAGUCUUCCUGUAGAAUCUCGGAUUUCAAAGGUAAAAGAGUAUAAGGUGUGCUUAAACUGUUUGCGCUUUGGUCACGUAGCAAAGAAAUGUUUUUUAUCACACUGCAAAUAUUGCAAUGAAAAGCACAACACUCUUUUACACUUGGAAAAAUCUGAGCAAUCUGCUUCUCGCGAUUCGUCAUCUACGUCUUCAAAAGACAUUGUAUUGAAGACUGAUGUCGUACCGGUUACUACUCCGACGCGUGUUUUCCUUUCCACAGCGUUGGUGAGGGUGGUUGACGGCAAAGGCAACAAACACACCGCCAGGGUGAUCUUGGACAACGGUAGUGGAAUAAAUAUCGUUUCCGAAGCUUUCUGCAGUAAGCUGGGUUUGCCGAGGCAGAACGUGAGCUCCACGGUAUCAGGUUUUAAUAAUCAUGUAUCCCAUAGUACACAGUCUUGCAAUCUCACAAUUGAGUCAAUGAAUACUAGCUAUAGGACUAACAUUGAUUGUUAUGUGUUUACCAACGUAACCACAGCAGUACCGAUCACAUACAUUGACACACGACAUAUUCAAAUUCCAGCUGGCUUAUGUUUAUCUGACCCCACUUAUAAUAUACCUUCUAAGGUUGAUAUUCUUAUCGGGGCAGAUAUCUUUUGGGAUAUUCUAGGUAACAAAAGAAUUAGCCUAGGCAAGCAUCAACCUAUGUUACGUAGUUCGGAGCUAGGAUGGAUAGUCACUGGUCACAUCUCGAGCCCGAAAGGUACAUUCAGUCAAUGUCUUUUUACUCAAGGACAACUUGAUAUUGAUCUCACUCGUUUUUGGGAAGUAGAUAGUGUUUCUCUUGAGCAUUCUCAAUCCGCGGAGGAACGUGCGUGUGAGAACAGUUUUGCCGUUAACACGACUCGAAAUAACGAUGGUCGCUUUGUCGUCACCAUUCCUCUCAAGCAAGAUCCACAGGUCUUAGGCGAUUCUUUUGAGAUGGCGAAGCGACGGUUUUUAUCGCUUGAACGAAAAUUUGAACGAGAACCAAUAUUCAAGGAGAAAUAUUUGAACUUCAUGAAAGAAUACGAGCAAUUAGGCCACAUGACUGAAAAUAAAGUUCUUUUUCCAUACAGUGACAAUGCCAACUACUACCUUCCUCAUCAUGGCGUACUUCGGGAGUCAAGUACAACGACAAAGUUGCGUACUGUCUUCGACGCUUCUGCCGUCACCACUUCAGGAAUUUCCUUCAAUGAAAUUCAGAUGGUCGGUCCUACAGUCCAAGACGAUCUCUUAUCGAUUCUCCUCAGAUUCCGCCAGCAUAAAAUCGUAGUAUCGGCAGACAUUGAAAAAAUGUUUAGAUGUAUUGACAUUGUACCUAGUCAACGCUCAUUACAGCAAAUUGUAUUUAGGUUUGAUCCAUCGCAUCGUUUAAAAACUUAUACACUAAAUACAGUUUGUCAAGGAACCGCUUCAGCGCCAUACCUUGCGACAAAAUGUCUGACUAGCCUGGCAUCCACAGUCAGCGAUAAUAGCGUCAAAUAUAGUAUAGCUCACGACUUCUAUUGUGACGAUUUAUUAAGUGGGGCUAGUACUGUAAGCGAAGCUAUAGAUUUAUGUAAAGGAAUUACUGCCACCUUAAACUCGGCAAAAUUUAAUAUUCGCAAGUGGAAAUCGAAUAACACAUUAGUUAUUAAAGAGCUAUUUUCAGGUCAAGUUAUUGAUUCAAAUACAGUUUUAGAUCUAUCUGAUAACAACAUAAACACAUCAUCAAAAACAUUAGGUUUGUAUUGGCUUUGUCAGCAGGAUACCUUAUCUUUUUCAAUUAAUAUUGAACUUCAUAAGAAGGUUACCAAGCGCCAUAUUCUUUCUAUUAUAAGUCAAAUCUUUGACCCAUUAGGCCUUGUUGGGCCAUGCGUUGUCGAAGCUAAGUUAAUUAUGCAGAAAUUAUGGGUCAAUAAAUGCUCUUGGGACGAAGAAGUGCCGUCAGAUAUUUUACAUCUCUGGUCUUCUUUUGCUAACACAUUAUCCUGUCUUAAUAAGUUAAAAAUACCUCGUUGGGUUCUUAGUGAUCUUUGUGUAAAGAUUGAAAUCCAUAUAUUCACAGAUGCUUCUCAAAGUGCGUAUGGGGCAUGCGUCUAUAUUAGGUCUGUGUGUAACUCAGGGAUUGUGCGUGUUCAGCUCUUAGUCUCGAAAAACAAGGUUGCGCCGAUUAAACCCACAACUAUCCCACGUCUUGAGUUAUGUGGGGCCUUAUUAGGUGCAAGACUGUGUACGAAGGUGCAAAAUUCACUUAAAUUAAACAUUAACAUGUGUCGCUUUUGGUGCGAUUCCACGAUUGUACUGGGGUGGUUGUCCACUCCUUCACAUCAACUUAAUCUAUUCGUACGUAAUCGUGUUAAUGAAAUCAAGGAGAGCACCGGUGGUCACACGUGGAGCUACGUGCCGUCCAAGGAAAACCCGGCAGAUCUCGUUUCUCGCGGGGUGAGGGCUGAUGUAAUCAGCGACGCCUCGUUAUGGUGGUCCGGUCCAUCGUUUCUACUCAAAUCAGAGCAUAGUUGGCCACAAAUGCCUAAUGAGACCCAGAAACGGGACCUACCGGAUCUCCAACCUUGUCUUAUUAUAAAUAAUAAUGUUAACAAAAACGAUGACGAUAAACUAUUUACAAAACUUAUACUUAAAUAUUCACAAUUUACACGUUUACAAAGAGUCAUAGCCUAUAUAUACAGAUUUAUUCAUAACUGCAAAACUAAAACAAACAGAUUCCGCGAUCAUCUUUCUUGUGAAGAAUUGCAACGGUCAUUUAAUUUUAUUAUACAUAUUGCUCAGUUAGAAAUGUUUCCUAAUGAAUAUCUUAUCUUAAAAUCAGGCCAUUCAUUACCGAAGAAAAAUAAAUUAAUAUCAUUGACCCCAUUCAUCGAUUCAAAUGAUAUCUUGAGAGUAGGCGGUAGACUUGAUAACUCACCUUAUAGCUAUGACACAAAGCAUCCUAUUUUAUUAUGUGGAAAACAUCAUUUAACGAAAAUUAUAUUUCAUAUGCAUCACUUGAAACUUCUACAUGCUGGACCUCAGUUAUUGCUGUCCAGUAUUCGUCAAACUUAUUGGCCUUUGGGAGGAAGGAAUCUGUCUAAAUCUAUAACAAAGGGUUGCAUAAAAUGUUUCAGAUUUAAAGCCAGCAAUGUCCAGCCUAUUAUGGGGCAGUUACCUGAAUCCAGAACUACACUGGAAUUCCCUUUUUUACAUUGUUCGGUGGAUUAUGCCGGCCCGAUCAUGAUAGCUAACCGCAAAGGUCGAGGUUGCCAACUAAUAAAAUCUUACUUGUCCAUUUUUGUCUGCUUAGCUACAAAGGCCGUUCAUCUAGAACUUGUCACAGAUCUGACUAAAGAGGGAUACAUGGCUGCUCUAAAUCGGUUUGUGGCUCGUCGAGGGAAGCCUCAAAGUAUAACCUCAGAUAAUGGGACUAAUUUUGUAGGUACAUGUAACGAGUUACACCGUUUCUUACAGGACUCAAGUUCCCAAAUCAGUUCCGCAUUCGCUCAAGAGGGUAUAGAGUUCCUCUUCAUUCCGAGUUACACACCCCAUUUCAAUGGUAUGGCUGAAUCUGCAGUCCGUUCCACUAAAUAUCAUCUUCGUAGGCUACUCCAACUUACCCAUUUCACGUAUGAAGAAAUGCACACUUGUCUGACUCAGGUGGAAGCCAUUCUUAAUUCACGUCCUAUAACUGCUUUAAACUCUGAUCCUACAGACUUCACACCUUUGACACCCGCACACUUCCUAAUAGGACGAUCACUUGUGUCAGUUCCACAUUCACAGUUGACAGAAAGGAUAACAAGUCUUGAGAGAUACAAACGAAUCGAGUUUGUCAAGCAACAUUUUUGGAAACGAUUCUCCAACGAGUAUGUCACCACUCUACAGCAAAAGACAAAGUGGCCUACUGCAUCUGGCGAACUCAAAUUGGGUUCUUUAGUCCUUAUAAAGGACAAAGCGCUUCCUCCCCUACGUUGGGCCCUGGGUCGCUGUGUGGCCGUUUUCCCAGGAACUCAGGAUCAAGUCGCUCGAGUCGCCGAUAUAAGGAUCAAAGGAGGAACCAUUAUUCGAAGGGCGUUUAAUAACAUUUGUCCCCUUCCAGAACCUGAUUGUUGAACCAGCAGCCUUCCUACCUACUUCAACCCGGGGAGUAUGUUGGUGACAAAACAUAUGAAAGAGGAUACAUAUCGUGAGACGACAGAGGCUUGCGGGGAGCGGGGGAUGAGGCGCAGCGAGUUGCCCCGCGCGCGCAGUGACACAUUGACUCAUGGGACACGGAAGGAAGCGCGCGUUCUUAUUAUCUUAUUCUUAUUAUAUGAACCUAUAUACUAUUAUACAUACA